AUGUCAUCACCAGAAAUACCAACAGAAUUACCAAAAAACUUAAUAACAUUCAUAAAUAGAUCAAAAGAAUUAGAAAAAGCAGAUUCAAUAAUUUCAUAUUUUUGUAAAUUAUAUACAGUGGAACAAAUAUUAAAUCAAGGAUUACAUCAAACAAAUGAAAAAAUUUCAACUUUUGCACUUUAUUUACUUGAUUCAAUUGAAACUUUCAAAAAUGAUUCAUCAAAUGAUGUAUUAGAUAUUAUAAAUGAUAAAGAAACAAGUCAAAUUUAUAUAAUAAAUUUUAGUGAUAAAAUUUUUAAUAAUUCAUUAAAUCAAAUUCAUCAAAAAAAAUCAGGAAAAUCAACUGCCCUAGGUUUUUUAGCAAGUGUUAAUUUUUAUGAAUUAUUGAAAUUAUGGAAUGAAGAUGAUAAAAAAUCAAUUGAUCAAGAUGAAAUUAAUAAAAAAAUUAGAUAUGGGAAAUUUCAUGCUGCAAGAAUUUUAAAAAAUUUGAAAAAAGGUGAAGAUCCAAAUGAAUAUGAUCCACCUGAAUUGAAUCCUGUAGAGGAUGAAGAUGAUGAUGUUGUUGAUGAAAAGGAAGAGGUUGAGAAGAAGGAAGUUGAUAGUGUUACAAAUGAUUUGAAUGAUGAACAAAAGGAACAAGAAGAACAAGAUGAUUUAGGAUUAGGAUUACCUCAAGUUCCAAAAUUCAUUGAUGAUGAACCAAAAUCAGAUCCAAGUCCAAAACCAGAACCAAAAAAAUCAUUAUCAAAUGAUACAUCAAAAGAAUCAAGUCCAAAUUUCCAAUUACCAAACCCACCAAAUUCUAAACCUGAAGAAUCUACAAACUUACCUACAAAACCAGUAGUAUCAUCUCCAUCUCCACAAGUUACAAAAUCCACACCAACCCCAGCAAAAUCAGAUACAACACAAUCAGAUAUAAAUGAUUGGAUUAAAUCUGGAGAAAUUUAUCAAAAAGCCCAAAAACAUGCAAAAUUUGCUAUAAGUGCAAUGAAUUAUGAAGAUAAAGAUACAGCUAUAAAGCAAUUGAAUGAUGCUUUAGAAUUAUUGAAUAGAUUAUGA